UCUUUUCUCACAGAAACUCUGAUGGAUUCUACCACUGCCACUGCAGAGCUAGGCUGGAUUGUGCAUCCUCCUUCAGGGUGGGAAGAGGUGAGUGGCUAUGACGAGAACAUGAACACGAUCCGCACAUACCAGGUGUGCAAUGUGUUUGAAUCAAGCCAGAACAACUGGCUACGGACCAAGUUCAUCCGGCGCCGCGGUGCCCACCGCAUCCAUGUAGAGAUGAAGUUCUCAGUGCGUGACUGCAGCAGCAUCCCCAGUGUGCCAGGAUCCUGCAAGGAGACCUUCAACCUCUAUUACUAUGAGGCUGACUAUGACUCGGCCACCAAAACUUUCCCCAACUGGAUGGAGAACCCAUGGGUGAAAGUGGAUACCAUUGCAGCUGAUGAGAGCUUCUCCCAGGUGGACCUGGGUGGCCGGGUCAUGAAGAUCAACACUGAAGUGCGCAGCUUCGGACCUGUGUCCCGCAAUGGCUUCUACCUGGCCUUCCAGGACUAUGGUGGCUGCAUGUCCCUCAUUGCAGUGCGUGUCUUUUACCGCAAGUGCCCUCGAGUCAUCCAGAACGGUGCCAUCUUUCAGGAGACACUGUCAGGGGCCGAGAGCACAUCUCUGGUGGCCGCUCGGGGCAGCUGCAUUGCCAAUGCUGAGGAGGUGGAUGUGCCCAUCAAACUUUACUGCAAUGGGGAUGGUGAGUGGCUAGUGCCCAUCGGACGCUGCAUGUGCAAGGCUGGCUUCGAGGCCGUGGAGAACGGCACCAUCUGCCGAGGUUGCCCAUCUGGAACCUUCAAGGCCAACCAAGGAGACGAAGCCUGCACCCACUGUCCCAUCAAUAGCCGGACUACUUCAGAAGGGGCCACCAACUGUGUCUGUCGCAACGGCUACUAUAGAGCAGAUCUGGACCCCCUGGACAUGCCCUGCACAACUAUCCCCUCAGCCCCCCAGGCUGUGAUCUCUAGCGUCAAUGAGACAUCACUCAUGUUAGAGUGGACACCACCUCGAGACUCUGGUGGCCGAGAGGACCUGGUCUACAACAUCAUCUGCAAGAGCUGUGGCUCAGGCCGGGGGGCCUGCACCCGCUGUGGAGACAACGUGCAUUAUGCGCCCCGCCAGCUGGGCCUGACUGAGCCACGCAUCUACAUCAGCGACCUGCUGGCCCACACCCAAUACACCUUUGAGAUUCAAGCUGUGAAUGGUGUCACUGACCAGAGCCCCUUUUCGCCUCAGUUCGCCUCCGUGAACAUCACUACCAAUCAAGCAGCUCCAUCGGCUGUGUCCAUCAUGCACCAGGUGAGCCGCACUGUGGACAGCAUCACCCUGUCUUGGUCUCAGCCUGACCAGCCCAAUGGUGUAAUCCUGGACUAUGAGCUUCAGUACUAUGAGAAGGAGCUCAGUGAGUACAAUGCCACAGCCAUAAAAAGUCCCACCAAUACAGCCACAGUACAGGGCCUCAAAGCCGGCGCCAUCUAUGUCUUCCAGGUGCGGGCUCGCACCGUAGCAGGCUACGGGCGCUAUAGCGGCAAGAUGUACUUCCAGACCAUGACAGAAGCUGAAUACCAGACAAGCAUCCAGGAGAAGCUGCCACUCAUCAUAGGUUCCUCAGUGGCCAGCCUGGUCUUCCUCAUUGCCGUGGUUGUCAUUGCCAUCGUGUGUAACAGACGGGGGUUUGAGCGUGCCGACUCGGAGUACACAGACAAGCUGCAACAUUACACCAGUGGCCACAUAACCCCAGGUAUGAAGAUCUACAUUGACCCUUUCACCUAUGAGGACCCCAAUGAGGCAGUACGGGAGUUUGCCAAGGAAAUUGACAUUUCCUGUGUCAAAAUUGAGCAGGUGAUUGGAGCAGGAGAGUUUGGUGAAGUAUGCAGUGGCCACCUGAAGCUGCCAGGCAAGAGAGAGAUCUUUGUAGCCAUCAAGACACUCAAAUCAGGCUACACUGAGAAGCAGCGCCGGGACUUCCUGAGUGAAGCCUCCAUCAUGGGCCAGUUUGACCAUCCCAAUGUCAUCCACCUUGAAGGUGUUGUCACCAAGAGUACCCCUGUGAUGAUCAUCACUGAGUUCAUGGAGAAUGGCUCCCUAGACUCCUUCCUCCGGCAAAACGAUGGGCAGUUCACAGUCAUUCAGCUAGUGGGCAUGCUUCGAGGCAUUGCGGCCGGCAUGAAGUACCUGGCAGAUAUGAACUAUGUGCACCGAGACCUGGCCGCCCGCAACAUCCUUGUCAACAGCAACCUGGUCUGCAAGGUGUCUGACUUUGGGCUCUCACGCUUUCUGGAGGACGAUACCUCAGACCCCACCUACACCAGUGCACUGGGUGGGAAGAUCCCUAUCCGCUGGACAGCCCCAGAAGCCAUCCAGUACCGGAAGUUCACCUCAGCCAGUGAUGUAUGGAGCUAUGGUAUCGUCAUGUGGGAGGUGAUGUCCUAUGGAGAACGGCCCUACUGGGACAUGACCAACCAAGAUGUAAUCAAUGCCAUUGAGCAGGACUACCGGCUCCCACCACCCAUGGACUGCCCGAGUGCCCUCCACCAGCUUAUGCUGGACUGCUGGCAGAAGGAUCGAAACCACCGGCCCAAGUUCAGCCAGAUUGUCAACACACUAGAUAAGAUGAUACGCAACCCCAACAGUCUGAAAGCCAUGGCGCCCCUCUCCUCCGGAAUCAACCUGCCACUGCUGGACCGCACGAUCCCCGACUACACCAGUUUUAAUACAGUGGAUGAGUGGCUGGAAGCCAUCAAGAUGGGACAGUACAAGGAAAGCUUUGCCAACGCUGGCUUCACCUCCUUCGAUGUCGUGUCACAGAUGAUGAUGGAGGACAUUCUCCGGGUUGGGGUCACCUUGGCUGGCCACCAGAAAAAGAUUCUGAAUAGUAUCCAGGUGAUGCGGGCACAAAUGAACCAGAUCCAGUCUGUAGAGGUUUGACAUUCACCUGCCUUGGCUCACCUCUUCCUCCAGCCCACCCCUCCUGUCCACAUGACAGCACCCGGUUGUCCAUCCACCACAGGGUCAACCACCUGCUAGGAGGCCAUGGGCAACAGGAAGAACCAUGCAGUGCUCCAACCUCGGGAUGUCACUAAGAACACGUGCACCUCAGAUGAUGGGGGGGGAAGGGAACAGGGACAAAAGAAAAUAGAUCCUGGGAGGGGGUGGGAAAUACAAGGAAUAUUUUUCAAAGAGGAUUCUCAUAAGGAAAGUGAUCAUUGUUUUUGAGGAAAAAUCAAAAAGGGCUUGGGAGAUCCAUGCAACAUGUCCAAUCAAAGGCCAGAAGCAGUUUCUCUCCAAUUCCCUCUGGGAAGGUGACCAGGCCAGAGCCAAGAAACAGCUUCAGGAAAACAAAACAAACAAAACCAAGGUGAAGGGGAGAGACAAGGCCACCCUUCUCUCCUGUCUCCAGGCUGCUCUUUCAGGUCUCGCUCAGCAGUCAGGUGCCAAGCAGAUGGAUGGAAACACAAAUAGACAGGCAGCCACCCCAGGAAGCUCUCUGGGAAAGAUCUAUUCCUUCUGCCACUGGGCAAACAGAAGCAGCAUUCUGUCUUUGGAGAAUUUUUUUGGACACUCCAAUUCAAGAGAUAUGCUUCUCCUGUCAACUCCCAGGGCUGAGAGGAAGCUUCUGUUCUCUUGGGUGAGGGAUCAUGGGGACACCAUUAGCCCUCCUGAGGCUGGCUGACCCUGAUCUGCAGUUCCACAUCUAUUAUCACAUGCACAGCCUGGCAGCCCUGACCCACCUGGGCACCCACUUACACCAGCCCCCACCCAGAGGAUUUAUGCUGCAGUGACUGCCAUCAGCUUCGACUGCCACUGAGAAGAAUUGAUCAUGCAUCUGGGUUUGUUUACAGCGAUUCGUGGACUUGGGGUUAUUUAGUCCGGGUGGAUUUGGUUUGGGGGUUCAUUUGCUGACUUAUUUUUAUGACAAUGAAGUGACACUUUGACAUUUCCUACCUUUUGAGAACUUGAUCCUUCUCCAGGAAGAAGGUGCUUUCUGCUUACUGACUUAGGCAAUACACCAAGGGCGAGAUUUUAUAUGCACAUUUCUGGAUUUUUUUAUAUGAUUUCCAUUGACACCCCCAUCCCUUUUUCCUUCUCCUGCAUAGUUUCCACCUGCUGCCAGGCCUCAUCAAAGCUUGCUACAGGGCCAUUGGACCAUUCAGAAACUGGGUGAGAAUUGAGCGGGGGGUGUGUGUAUGGAGGAACACCCACCCCAAGACUGUGAAAGCAACAGAUUGAAAAGGAAGUGGGCUCUCAGGCUGCAGAAUCAAGGGGCUUUUUGCCUUCUUCACUCUCCAUCUGCCCUAAUUUAUCCAGUACGUUCCAGGCAAAUAGGCCUCAUUGGGGUUCCUGAGUGCCCAUGAGGGGCUAGAGGCCAGUUUCAACUCUGGGAAUCUAAACCAGAGGCCAGGAGCCAGAUCAUUCACUGUGAUAUCCCAGCCCUCCAGAGUGCCCCCCUCAGAGAUGUGUGCAGGCAUGCUCUUCCUUCCCCUAGAGAGAAAGGGUGUGAUUUCUCUCCCUCUCCCACCUCCACUACUCCACCAGGCAAUUGCCCAGGCCAUGAAAGGACAACUAGCCAAGAGACCUGACCACAGGCUUCCUCUUGUGAGCAAAGGCAAGCACCUGAGCAGAACAAUCCAUUAGUGAACCGAAUGGAAAUAAAAUGCUUUAGUUAUUUUAAAAAGGAAUUCUCUGUAAGUUCAAAGAGAGACGCUGGCACCCUUGGGGACAUGUCUAGUGACCCAAGACAGUCUCCAAAGGGGCUCUUUCUUCCUUGGGGUUCUAGAAGAGCAAGGCUGAGAAAACACAAUGGAACAAUCUGGAGGUUCUCAUGGCCUUGUUGGUUUUAACUUGUCAAAAGCACAGACAACAAAAAAAAAUGAGUUAGAAUUGGCUCAGAACCUGGCAAUGAGUCCCUUGAGCACCAGAGUGAACCACAGCAGGGUGCAUCGGGAGCAGUGAGUCAACAGGGACAUACACAGCCCUCCUGGACCAGGGGGUGGGCCAGGGGGUAUCAGGUGAACUGUAAUAGUGGGAGUGUGGGGGACCCAUGCCACCCAUGGACCCCCAUCUAAGCCACAAGCAUGCACACUUUUUCUUGCUCAACUCUAAUCUGUGCAAAGACUGUUGAAUCCUUUGUGUGUGGGGAGGUGCAUGUGCAGUAGAUGCCAAGACUUAUGACAGAGGAGGAGGCAGGGCCACCACAUCUCAGCUCUGAUCCCAUUAUCCUUGGGGGGGAAUGGCCAGUAGGAAAGAUGCAGGCUGGCUAAAGACCCCUUGGCCAGCUGAGCAUCCAUCUUGAAAUGGUCUGUUAUCCAUCACCUGUUCUCCAGAGCCUGAGAUACAAGGGGAAGGAAGUGAUUAGAGGGGGAGCUCAAGACCCUGAGGGGAACAGCAGAACAAACUACAGGGAGGCAUUGGCAAGCUUCCCACAAACUAGCCAGCCAUGGCGCAGCCAGCCGCCCUUUGUGCCCCAAAGAUGGCCAGCACGGGUGGCAGCUGUCCCCAGCACACAAGGUCACCUUCUGGAAGGAACAGCCCUGACACUCUCUGUAGAUUAACUUGGUCUCCCCAGCUUGUCCCUCCUCCUUCCCCCCCCCCACCAUCAUACUGAGGCCUGCAGGUGGCUGGCACUCAGUGUAUCCUGUCAGAUGGUUUCCUGUCCUAAGCAGUUAGGCUGGUGUGUAGCAGCCGGCACAUCUGCCUAUCAGCCCUUUGGGGCCCAUAACAGUGGCCCUGGGCCCCAUGUGCCUGGUUCUCAGAGUGAGGGUGCCACCAGGACCCUCUAUCUCCACUUCAGAGUAACAGAGAGAUGUCACUGUGAUCAUUCCAGGGUGCAGACAGUUGCUCACCUCUCCUCAUUACUAGGGCAACUCCCCCUACCAUCUCUUGCAGGCCUCUCAGUGGGUAGUGGCAGGCCAUUCUGCCAAGCACCUUCCAGUGAUUGCCCUCUCGCCUGGGCACAUGGCUCUGAGCCUCCCGCUGCCUGGUUACUAAUCCUUUCCUGGCUCAGCCACCCCAAGUGCCAGCCUCCACCUGCCCAGCCGCGUUUAGGGUGUUUCCGGCUCUUCUGCACACAGUUGGUGCUUGAGGAAAGAAAGCUGCCUUGGAAACAUGGGCCAGGGCACUAUGAACAUGGGGGCCAGCUGCUCUAAGUGGGUGUGAUGAGUAGAUCUGUGCAGGCCAGGCUAGGUGACAGAGACCCUCACCAUACACUUCCUCUCUCCCUGGAAGACCUCCAAAUGGGUUAUUUUUCUUGAUCUACAGAGCUCUUUCUAGGAGAUGACAUUCUAAUAAUAUCUAUCAACUAGUAGGACAGAAGCAGACCAGUCAGAAUAUGGUAGCUUCAGUGCUAGACUGAAAGGGUUUAGAGUAGGCACUAGGGUGGCAGGGAUAGUCAAGAGAUAUUUAAGGGACUCUAGGCAGUGGCUGUUUAAUAACUAGCAAUACCUCCUGUUCAUAUGACAUCAGGUAGCUAGCUCUAUCCUUUCUGUUUGCUUCUCAUCCUGCCAAUUCUCAGGAAGCUCUCUGCCACCCUCUCGUGUGUAGCCACUAGCCUUACAUGCUUCUGGAUCAGGGAUUCAUCCCCGAAGGGUAGGAGCUCCCAUCUGUGCCCAGCUCUUCCUCAUACUUGGUAGAAGCACAGCAAGGAUCCAGAUCCCAGACCACCAGCCACCCUAAUGCUGGGCUACUGGUCACUCUUGGCUCUCUCCUUAGCCCUGUAGUACCAAGGGGGCACCAAUGACUAGGAAACCCUUACCACAGGGUGUAUUCAAAAUGCAUUCUAGGAGGCCAUGGAAUACUAGAGAAAAUGCACCCUGUCACCAGAGUAGCAGCCUUGCUUGUCUGGGGGCACCAAUUCCUCUCCUUUAGCCUCAGUCUCCCACCUGUGAAACAAAAGUAUUAGAUUGAAUGGUCCAGGUAUGCAGAAGCACUGAGCACACUGCAGUCCUGUGAGGAAGAGCUAUUUCCUUCCAAGUGUCAGAGGAAACUGAGGCUCAGACAAGGAAAGAAGCUUGCUCAGAAUUACAAAGCCAGGAAGAAACAGAACAGAGUUGUGGCUUAGCUGCUCCCAAUGUUUGCUCCACCACACUCCAUCCGCUGACACAGAGCACUUGGUGUCUGAUGCUGGUUGGCAAGAGAAGGGAAAGCUGAAGUGGGUGGGGCUGUCAGGUGGUGGCACAUUGGGUUAAGCGCACACACUACAGUGUGCAAAGACCCAGGUUCAAGCCCCUGGUCCCCACCUGAAGGGGGCAAGUUUCAUGAGUGGUGAAGCAGGACUACAAGUAUGUCUGUGUCUUUCCCUCCCUAUCUCGCCACCCCUCCCAAUUUCAUGGAGGAGGUUGUUUUGAGAAUGAGAGAAACUGAAAGUUAGGAUAAUCCAGGUGAGCAGUUUGGUGUUACCAAAGAUGCAGAGGCUGGUCCAACAGUGGGAGCCCCCUAGAUGAGUCAGAGGAGUGGUAAGUGGGGGGGGGUGUGAUUGAAGGAGAGAUUUAAGGGAAUGACUAUCCACAUCUGGCUGGCUCUCAAGCAGAAGUAUGUCAGUGUGAGCACAGAUCUCUAAAAGUCAACUCAACUAUCAGAUGGGGUCAGGGUGCCUCUCAGCUCCCCCCAUCUUGGUCCAUCACCCCCAUAUCAGAGGAAGUGUCCCAUGGAUCAGUGCCUCCCUCUCCCCGCCCUUUAUUCUGGGAGAAUCCACAGCCUGCUGCUUAACUUUCCAUCCUUAUUCACUGGUGCAGAUAAUCCAAAGAGUCAUUUCAGUUGCUGAGAACAGCAAGACUGGAUGUUAUUUUACCUGAUUAUGAGUUUUCCCUGCCCCAUAACCCUCCAGACCUCUUGAUGAACUGCUGAGGACUGAGAGAGCUGCCUGCCAUGACCAGGCUGAGCAGAUAUGCAUAAUCAUAACCACAGGGAACAGUGAGCAGAGCUCCUGGAAGGACAGGGCCCAGGACUGACCAGGGAAUGGGGGGCAUACAGAGCUCAGGAAGCCUGCUCAGCCCUAGAGAGAUAACCAGAUAAGGCUGGAAGGAUUAUGAGGGCCUGUCCUCUCCAGUGGAGUAUUAUGCCAGGGUAGCCCAAUGGGAUAUUAGGGAAAUACCGCACAUGCAUGCACAACCCUAGUGGCCCUGACCCAGUCUCCUGAGAAAUGGCUCUUGCCAUAAAACUAAAAGCGGGAGAAUGGGCUCAGAGUGGGCCAGUUUUCCCCUCCAGGGAAACCACAGUCAAGGUGUUGGGUCCAAGAAGUGGCUGAGCCUUGGUUCUGUGAUGCAGGGAGACUCAGGGACAUCCCGCUGGAGGAUAAUGUCAAGAGGCUCACAGCAUGGUACUCGUCACUGCGCACUACCAUAGCUUGGUCCCACUGGCAUUGGAAGAAAGAUGCUGGCUGACAGAUGAUAAUCCCUCCUACUAGUGAGGAAAUAUGGUCCCAAAAGUCCCAUGGACUGCAACCAAGCUGUUUGCCUUUGCUUCUCCUUUCUCCCCAGGAUUUCUCAAAAGUUUUUGCCACUGCCCACCUGUAGCAGAAUCUAUCAUGCUACUUACUGCUCCCAAGCUCCAUCCCAACCUCUCAAAUCAGGUUGGGCUUAAGAGUUCUUUUGUCUUUUUUCCUCCAGCGUUUUCACUGGAGCUCUGUGCCUGCACAGUCCCACCAUAUCUGAAGGACUCCUUUAGAGGGUGAAAAAGAGAGGUAGAAGGAAACACAGAGAAAAGGAAAGAUACCUUUACCACUCACGAAGCUUCCCACAUGCAGGUGCUCCCAAAUGAUGGCCAGGAUUAAACUGGGACUUUAUGCAUGAUAACUUGUACACAGGGUGAACAACCUCCCAGUCCUGAGCCUCCAUUUUUAACGAACUACUCUAGAUACUGAGAUCCUUACAUCCCUUGUGACAAACUGUGCCCUGAUGGCUGCAGAGGAAGGGUCUCAUGUAAACAGGGAUUAGGAAAAAGCAGGAUAUCACCAAAUAAAUGACCCAAACUCAGACAUGGAUUAUGGCCCACAAAGUGAGGGUAGGGCUGACCCUUAGGAAUGUGUUCAGGCUGAGCUAAGCUUUCAGGAAAAUUGGAAAGAUAUCCCUCACCCACCCCAGGCCCAGAGUCUGUCUGAGUUUAGCUUCACAGCAUGAAGGCAAGCUGCUUCAGGAAAGCUGAUAUAGCAAGAAGCAGCAGGAACUUAAUCCUUCAGAGGGGCCCAGCUCAUCCAGGCCACCCUAUGGAAACUCCACCAUCUCAGGUCUGUUCACUCAACACCUGGCCAGGUGGACUGCCAGACAAAGGAAAGGGGCUUGGGGAGACUUCCAGGCAUACCUGGAGCUACACACACACACACACACACACACACACACACACACACAUACACACACACACACACACACACACACACACCCCAUAUGCCCACCCACCACCACCACCCUGCUACCCAAUCUAAGGGUUUUCUUUGGAGGAAGGAGGGGAGUGAAGAUCUCAUCUCUUUCAGAAUCUAACAGGCCUGCUAGAGGAAGUUAAGGGGGCUAAGGGGGUGAAAGGAAGGGGGAAGAGAACCACCUAAGUCCUGGGAGUCCUACAGGAGUCCAUGGGUGAAAGAUUCUAUAAUUGCCAAACCCUCGAAUUCAAUAAUGGCAAUGGGAGGAUUCCACAUUUUUAAGAUGCCAUCACUAUGCACUUCUAUGCUGCUAAUUCCUAAGAUGUCAAGUUCUGUUGUUCACUUAUGGCCCCCAAACCUAAAGGCCCUAGAAGUGACAAAGUGCAAAGAGAAAACAAGAAAGAGAUGGGAAGGGAGACUGCUCAAAACGAAUACUAACAGCUCCAUCCUUUGAAUCUGCAUCAGAGAUGAACCUAGGAAAGACCCCAGGAUCCCCCUGUUAAAUGUGAUGCUGAAUGUAUCUCCCUGGUAAAGUGACAGAACUGCCCACACCCCUGAUUACUCAGCUGCAGGGGACUGGCAGUCCUGGGUUUAAUUGAGGCCAUAAUCCCCACAGGCUGGGGGUUACAGAGCUCAGUUCAGGAAUCAUGUAAAAGCUCCUGAAAAUGGCUCUGUGUGGGAAGGGGCUAGUCUGGGACACCCACAACUCUAGAAGAAGCUGCAAGACCAGAAGUUUCUCUGGGAAUUUGUCCCCAAGCAAGCUGCUCUCCAGAGACUGAAUUUUAAAACAUAAGGCAACUACAGGGUCUUGGUGCAAACCUAAGCCAGGAGUGACACUGAGGAUGCAGCUUCCCUGAUGACACAACCACUGCCACAUUCCAAGGACCCCUUCACAUUUCCCACUAUGAGCCCUAGGGGCAGCCUAAGGAAGCACCACAGGGUACUCUAAGCUCAGUGGUCUGGCUACUUCUCCUCCAGUGGGCCAAUACAGGAAGUCAAAUAGCUGAGGCUGGCCCAGAGGAGGCCUGGCUGGGACACUCACUAUCAGCCAGACUCUGGACUCUGGAGAAGAGCAAGUGUUCUCUGAGCCUGCUCAGCCCAAAUCUUAAUCAUAGCUGCUAUUUUUUGAGUGCCAACAACGUGCCAGGCACCGUGUUGAACUUUUUAAACACAGUGUCUAGCUCAACUCCCACACAGCUCUGAGACAGGGACAGAUACCAGCCCCACUCUGAAGACUAGGAGACUCAAAAUGGGGCAAGGUGGCUUCCUCAGGCCACACAGCCAGAAAGGGGUCUCUGCCCCUAGCAUCCAUCCUGGUGAUCAUUCCGCUGGGCUGCUACUAUCAGGAACCCCUCAACCCUUCUCCACUGUCAGACCAGAGUUAGGUGUGGGGGGUGGGGUGGGGGGGAAUUCUGCCCGGGGGUGCUUCUGAGGCAUAGGCAGUAAACGCCAGAACUGCCACCCCCCAGAAGUCCUCCCCAGCCUGGGCAGUGCAGGUCAGAGCCCUUAUCUUUAUUUAGGGUUUCACAAAACCUACAUAUCCUCUGGUCAUAAACAUGGGGUUGGGGUAAUGUUGGAGACCAAGGAGUGAUAUGGCUAGGGUUCUGAUGGCUGGGGGUUAGACCUGGCUCUUCCAGAUAGAUACCCACUACUGUGACCAAGGAAAUCUCACCAGCUAUGUCCAUGAGCAACCUUGACCCUGUUAUUCCAAUGCCUUUGUAGGAGUAUUUUUAGCAGAACUUUUUUUUUUCAAAAUAAAAUGUGAAUUGUAAAAGUUAUCA